UUUAAGAUUACUCGACCGCUCGUUUUCGUAAUAGUAUGUUUUGGACUUUUCAUUUUAAUUCAAUCAUUAGUCCCUAAAGUGAUGGCCUUAAAACAAUCUAACGUUGACGAGUAUAUGCUAGAAGACCAAAGAACUCGCAAAAGAAAGAAUUACGUCGUGCGAUUAGCCAGGGACGGUGAAAUACUAGACAAUGCAGGCAGUCUAGGCAAUGACUAUGGCACAGAUUUUAUAAAACCGGAUCCUUCGAACCCGGAAGAACUAUCGGCAUUCAUAGUGGACUAUGCCAAUAUGAUACGCAAUGAUGUCAUUUUAUUGGACAACUCCGUGGAAACAAGGACUCGAAAAAGGGGUAACAUUAAAGUUAAGAAGUUUAACCAAGCUAUACCGGACCCUCCUUGUAGCUGCCAAUACAACAAAACUACAAAAGAUUUGGGUGAGGACGUAUAUCCGCGUUACGUUGAGACCAGAAAUUGCAACGGUUCGCAAAAAACCUGUCUACCGCCGUACAUUUGCAAGGAAAACUUAUACGAACUAAUAGUAAUAAGAAGACGAGAAUGGUCAAAGCAAGAAUCUUUGGAACUACCUCACGAAUUGAAAUUGAAAUGGGUUGCUGAAAAACGUCCAGUGAGCGUCGGAUGCGUGUGCACCCGAGACUACAUUUUUGAAAAUUAAAAUUAAUAAUCAUGCUGCAAGAAAAAUGCCUAAAAAUGUAUUUGAGAACGCAAAACGAAUUUAUAUUUUUAAUAUCAGUAAGAGGGGUGACUAAAGCCACAAUGUAAAAACAAUAAAACGUACACCCUGUAUAUUAUGUUUUAUUCCAUUUCUACAUUUCUAACAAUUUGUGCCCGUCUUGUUGCUAUACAAUAUACCUGAAUUAAACUGAAAUUCAUAAAAUAAGGAGGUAAUAACAAAAAAAGCUUCACAGUAGAUACACAUUUUUUGAACUAUAACUACGAUUGCGACUCGUAAUGCCUGGAAAAAACGUAUUUUCUGCUUUAACACGAAGGCUAUUAUGUCCGUAAGUGGAAGUAUUUUUUCAACUUAUGGACGGUAGCCAAUGAUUAAAAAUAUCGGGUAUUCAAGCUAAGAAACUGGUAUUUUUAUUUAAAAAGAAAGUCUAAUAAAAUAUGUCGAUGUUUGUUUUAAAGCAAACCAUUUUUAUAUCAGAAAUCUCGUUUAUUAAGUAUUAACAAAUCCUAUGUUAAUGAAAAUAUUUACAAGUAUUGUAGUAACACAAUCAUAGUUUUCAUUUUCAACAGUUAUAUUUAAAUGUCUUAACAUAAAUCUAGCUUUUAUACAAUUCAACAUGACUCUCGACAAUAAUCACAAAAAAUUAAGUUACCAACAUCUAAAAUAAAAUCGGAAACAUCGUAGUCGCUCUGAACUAAGACAAACAAA